CAAAAGCAAGAAUCAGAAAUAGUUUUUCUUUCUCGUAAAUCUCCUGCUUUAAUUAAAAUGAGAUGUUUUGAGCCUUUUUGCACAUUCUCAAGCACAAAUCUAGACAACUUUUUAGCAUUAAUUUUCAAAAAUAUCGUUAAGCAACAAAUUUUUCUUAGAAACGCAUACCGGUGAAAUUCCGGUUUCAUCCGGCCCGGUUGGCUUUUUCAACCGGACCGGUUCCAGCUCUGGUUUAGACAAAAAAAAGAUGUCUAAUCUAAGUCAUCUAUUUUCUUUUUAAAUAAAGAUGAAAGUUUUUAUGUUCGUGAUUAAUAUUUAAACAAAUUUUUUUCUAUAUAGAUUUUAAUACAGCUAUUAUCUGUGGUAUCGAAGCUCAUGUUUGCGUAUUACAAACAGCAAUUGAUCUUCUAUCACAAGGUUAUCGUGUAUAUGUUGUUGUUGAUGCUGUUUCAUCUCGAUCACUUACUGAUAGAAUGUAUGCAUUUGAUCAUAUGCGUCAAGCUGGUGCUUUUUUAACAACAUUUGAGUCAAUUGUUCUUCAACUUACGCAAGAUGCUAGUCACCCAAAGUUUAAACAAAUUCAACAACUAAUUAAAACGUCUGCAGCCGAUACAGGACUUUUUCCAUUACUGAAUAAUCCGAGUUCAUCGUUGUAA